AUGUCGCAGAAAAUCAAUAUUCUUAAGUUCGCCGGCAAAGAUGGCUCUUACAAGAGACUUCCUUCUCAAUUCAGGGAUUUCAUUUCCUCGGACCCCGGUGCUCGUUUUCCUCCAGAAGCAAACCGCUACCACUUGUAUGUUUCGUAUGCAUGUCCCUGGGCACAUAGGACGCUCAUUACGAGAGAAUUGAAGGGGUUGUCCCUGAUGAUUUCUGUUUCAGUUGUGCAUUGGCACAUGGACGAUAAAGGCUGGCGCUUCCCCACACAAGAAGAACUUGAUGAGACCAAGGCCACAGAGACAGAUGUGGGUACGAAAGACGAUUUGUAUGGGUUUGAGAGAAUCAAGCAGUUGUAUUACAAGGCCAAUCCCGAAUAUUCCGGACGUUUUACUGUGCCUGUUCUUUGGGACAAGAAGUUGGAGACUAUUGUCAACAACGAAAGCAGUGAGAUUUUGAGAAUGUUCAACACAGAGUUCAACAGCUUGGUUGACCCUGGCCAUGCUGAGAUUGACUUGUACCCUGGCCCAUUGCAAUCCCGCAUUGACGAAAUUAACUCGUGGGUAUAUGACAACAUCAACAAUGGUGUCUACAAGGCUGGGUUCGCCACCGAUCAAGGGGUUUAUGAGAAGGAGGUGUUGAAUGUGUUCAAGCACUUGGAUAAGUUGGAAGAGAUUUUGAAGGAGAAUGCUGCCGAAGGAGGAAAGUUCUUAAUUGGAAAUCAAUUGACCGAGGCAGACGUUCGCUUGUUCCCUACUCUCAUCAGGUUUGACGCAGUGUACCACCAGCACUUCAAGACCAAUAUCAGAAUGAUCAGACAUGACUAUCCGUAUUUGCAUGAUUGGUUGAGAUUAUUGUACUGGAAGAUCCCAGGCUUUAAAGCCACAACAAACUUUGAACACAUCAAGAAACACUACACAAAAUCCCACAUCAACAUCAACCCGCAUCACAUUACCCCUCUUGGGCCAAUACCCAAUAUCAUGUCUUUGUAA